AUAAAAUAUGCCCAUAGGUAGAAUAGUGACGAUAUCGAUUGUCGCAGUGCCUAUCUGUACUAGCCAGAAGUAUUAAUAAAUUACGUAGACCGAAGAAUCGGCGCAGUCUCGUGCGAACUCUUGCGCAACAGGCCGCUAGACGGCCCGAGUUAACACACAGAUUACGACCAAAAAAGAUGCAACACACACGAAGACUGCGGCUAACAGCAAGCAUUAUACUAUGCUUCGUGCUUCAAGCCCAUGGUGCUGACAAGUACACUGACGAGAAUAGACCGUAUGAAUUCGGUUUCAAGAUCGAUGGACAACAGCAUAGGCAUGAAUCUAAAGAUAAAGAUGGGAUCAUCAUGGGGGAAUUCGGUUUCGUCACUGCCGACGAUGUCUACCACGUCACUGUGUACGCUACAGAUAAAGAGGGACGCUUCAAAAUAUUAUCCAUGAAAAAUAUUCAUUUAAAAUCAUCUGCCGCCUCGGGUUCGCUAUCGCCUACUUCAGCAAGACAAGGCCAUGCUCUACCUUUACCACCAGCAUCUGUACAAACAUCAGCGGUAUCUUCUGUGGUUCAAACACCACAACCCGCAAAAGCAUUUAAACCAAUAUCGUUGGAACCACCUGGCAGAUCUUGCUCAUCAUGCAGUUUGCCAACGACCACUACGCGUGCCCCACCACCAGCAUAUAACCAAGUUUCGAAUAAUAACAACAUUAAUUCUCCAAGCCAUUACGGUGCAAUAGGUUCUAGUCCUCAAAAUCAGCAGCCUUCCGUUUCAUCACCAGGUCAAAGUAAUGCACAAAGUAAUCCGUCAUAUGGUUCUCAGGGCGGUCAACAAAACUACCCGUCAGGUAAACCAAUCUAUCCCCAACAGGGACUCGUCGCCCCAGACGCUGUGUCAACAUUUGCUGCUCAACCAGGCCCAGGAGGACAAACCUAUCAAGGAUCAAGUCAAGGGGUAUCAGGAGCUCCCAAUACUGCCAAUAGAUUCUCAGAAGCAGGAGGUUCUCUACCCGCGAGUCAGAAUACUGAAGGAACAACAGGACAAACAUUUUCAGGAGAACAAAGCUCUUUAUUCGGUGGUUAUAAUGGAGCUUCUGGAAGUCCUCAGCAAAAUGGAGGUUUUUCAAAUCCUCAGCAAAAUGGUGGUUUUCAAAAUCCCCAGCAAAACGCAGCUUCAGCAGGCCCUCAACUUAAUGGAGCUACUGGUUCAAAUUACCCAUCUGCUGGACCAAGUUCUUAUGCUCAAGGAGGAAUUGCAGGGGCAUCUCCUGCCGGUAGAACCUCAAAGCAAUAUAACCCUGAACAACAAGUUGGCUCAGUAUCUAAUGGUCCACGAGGACCUGGGUCUGCGAAUGAACAGCCUGGUUCUGCUAAGCCUACGCUAUUUUCAGCCCAAAUGCAAAUAGUUGAUAAGAACACUGACAUUCACGCACUCCGGCCUGGUGAACAAAAAGGAUUGCCACCGGGUCUAACUCAAGGUGAUAUGACACAGCUCUUGUACACAUUCAACUACACAGUUGGUUUCCACGCUCACUUUGAGGAGGGCUAUACAAAUGGAGUCAAAAAGGGAUAUUAUUAUGUAACUGGAAGGAACGGUGUCCGAACUAGGAUUGACUAUGUAGCUGAUGAUACAGGUUUCCAUCCAACAGUUUCACAGGAGGUUCUCGACUUAUUGUCCGAAGAAGUUCCUAAACCUGAAACUGAAAAGGACGAGAAGUACGGCCUUAAAGGCUAUGAAUUCAAAUGGUUGUAUUAUCCUGUUGAAUCAAAAAAGCGUUAGUACGUCUCAAAUCAUUUAAGCUACAUUAGACCUGAUCUUCACAAAAUCUCUUUUAGUUUCAAGAGGCAAGGCCUCAUUGGCUUAUUUUUAGAGCUUUACUAUAAUUAACUAUUAAUUUUAGGCUAGAUUUGUUAUAAGUCUCUGAAAGUAUUACUAUUAACUGUAAUUUUAACUUUGUUUAACGUAGUACACUGCCAUGUAACUGCCAUAUAGUAGUGAUCACCAAAAACCACUAUCAGUAGCAUGUUAAGUUCAUAGAAAGAACAUACGUAGACACAUGUCAUAGCAAAUUGUAUAAUAAUAUGUUUAAAUGUAAAAAAGACACAUAAUAAAAAAUUUAUUCGAAAAAGAUAUACCUACAGUGUGUUUCAUUAUUAACGUCUUUGCAAAAAACUUUGUAUUAACAUUAGUAUUAUUCCAAUUAAAAAAAAGAUGGAUUUGUCCAAUAGUAAAUAACACAGAGGCACAGGUUUUGUUCCCAUGUCAGGUAGGACUAGGUGUAUGUUAAUAUUUCUAUCAAUAGCCAUCAAAAAUAAUGACAAUCCAUAAAAUCUGCAUAACUUUGUUACCAAAUGGUAAUAUAUUCGUGUGAUUCAUCAACAGAUGUACAAAUCUGAUUGAUUUUUGUUUUCAAACCAGUAACGUAAUGAAUCAGAACUAUAUUUAAAAACUUAGAAAACAUGAUAGUGGUUGUCUAGUUAGAUCGCAUUCAUAUGAUAAAAGUAUGAACGCGUACUACUGGGUUGUUUAAAAAAAUCUCAGCAGAUUAGCACGGAG